UGGAUGUGAACCACUCAAUUCUGUUAACUUUGAAUUUCAAUUCUCGCCCCAAAAACAUACUCGCCCCAAACUGCUUCUGCUGCUGUCAUUCUAGGUUUUUCAACCACGACACCCGGUCGACUUGGUAUUUCUGCCAGCUCCGUUCUAAUAUCAGCCAGCCCGUGCAACCAUCAGCGAAAUGAGUACUUUUCCGGGUUAUAUUCCCGAGCUGCCCGGUAUUGGGAUCGAUCGGUUCGAUGAGACGGUACGGGACCGGGCCAGAGUGUUUUUCCUCUCGCACUGCCAUGCGGAUCAUAUGGAAGGGCUGUCUACGAGCCAGCCACUGCCCGGUACGCUUUAUAUGAGCCCUCACUCGGCGGUCAUCAUCGGUCAUCGCUACCCGAAGGAAACCGUGUACCUGUUACCGUCCAGUGAGCGAAUCACCUUGUUAAUCACCGCACCGACCGGUGAGAGUACGUACGAGCUGUGCGUACGCACCGUACCAGCGGAACAUUGUCCCGGUUCGGUAAUGUUUUACUUCGAGACAAAAACCGUCCGCGUGCUGUACACGGGAGAUUUCCGGCCAUCUGCCGACAGUAUGGCCGUUAUAAAGCAGGAUCGCAUCCAGCCCGGAAUCAUUUAUCUCGACUCAACCUUCCUCGAAAGGGAAUAUAUGUACUUUCCGACGCGCCAAGAGAGCAUAAACCGCAUCAUAGCGAUCUGUACGCAGUGGCUCGAAGCCGACCAGCGCAACAUCGUGUCACUGUGGCCAGCAGCAACGUACGGUACGGAGGAAUUGUUUCGCCAACUGUACACACAUUUGCACCACCGUAUACACAUCUAUGAGGCCCAGCGCGCAACGUACAACCAUUUUGAAAUGCUUAAAGACGUUUUUACCGACGAUCGGAUGAGUACACGCGUACACGCCUGCAACGGCAAAACGGUGCGGGGCGAAAUAUCCUGCCGUAUAGAGAAGGCGAACCCUAAACACGUACUACUGAUACGGCCGUCUGCAAGAAAGUGGCGCAAUCUGAAGCGUGACGAUCCAUUUUGGUCGGAGGGCAGAAAGAAUCUGUUGUUUGUUUGCUACUCGUCGCAUGCUAGUAGUAUGGAGCUGGUAGAGUUUUUACGCAGCUUUCAGCCUGAAGCAAAAGACAUUCGGUUCAAUGUUGUGGCGGAUGAAACGGAUGCUACUCGGAAGAAGCAAUACCUUCAUUCGCUGCUAUCACCCGAUGAUGGAUGUCAGAUGGAAGAGAACGUACAUGAUGAAACGGAAGCAGUUUAUACCUUGCCGAACAUCGAUUUUGGUGCUAGUGCAUCCAAUGAACCGCCGGAUGAUUGGGAGCAAAGUGCUAUUGCAAAGGAGGACAGCGAUGAAUCGAUGUCACCGCCAUCGAAAACGGCCAGAUACUGUUGACAAAUGUUCGGAUUGAGCCACCUAAUCAGUACAUCUAGUAGUAUUAUGUUCCUUUUGUUAAUUACUGUAUUUCCUCAUUACAUUACAAAACCAGAUACGCUAAGCUAAAGCGAAAUAUAAUCAAAAUGAAUUCACAACUGU